AUGCGGCAACGAUUCGAUGGCAACUUCAACGAAUGUGCCAUCGAAUCAGAAGGCUUCGCGAAAUGGACGUUGGUCAACAUCAGAGAACCGGUGAUGAUUCGAUGGCAUCUUCAACUGUUAAUAAAAGAAGAAUCGAUCGACAAAGAGUCAGAAGAACGGGCGCCGCAGAAAAAGAGUACUAAAGUGCUCAUCGCACAGCGGCCGCCCCUCACCGAAGUACAGGACGACGAGUUCCGGUCCCGGUUCACCAUCGAGCCGCUGGAGCCGGGCUUCGGCGACACCGUCGGCAACUCGCCCCGCCGCACCCUCCUGUCUUCAAUCCCCGGUGCCGCGGGCAUGAGCAUCCGGAUUGAGUGCGUGCUGCACGAGUUCUCCACGAUCUCGGAGGUCAAGGAGGAUGCACCGAUAUCGACCCGCUGA